CCUGUGAAUUCAGUAGGACUGUGGGAUCUUUUUAUUGCCUCAUACAAACAUUUAAGUAUCAAAGAUCGUAAUUUAGGUCAUAAUUAGCCAAAGGGGGGCCGGGAGAGUUUCGAGACGACAACGGGGAUAGGAACUUAUAUAAAGGUGAAAAUGUGAAAUGCUCCGAAGAUUCUUUCUACACUUUCAUAUCGCUGAGAUAAAAAUGCGAGUGGCACUUUGUUUUGGUCUCUUCUUUUUGGCCGUUGUGUCGGCGUUUCCCCAAAAAGAAGGAGGAUCAUACACAAAUGAAGCUAUUCGGCAGGCCCAGAACUCUCGACUUAUCCCUAAAGAUGCUCAAAUUCAAAAGGUAGUUGAAGGGAUUGAAAUAGGUGCAUAUGAAAGCAUCCCCGGUAACCAGAGGGUAAAUCUGUUUGAAAUUUUGGGAGACCAAGUUCCUCCAGAAGUUGUCAAUAAUUUACAGCAGCAAGUCGAUCAAGUGGGGCGUCCUUAAACAUCCUCGCACUCUGAUGUUGUCUUAAAUCAAUUUUACAAAAAUUUGUAUAAAAAUAAUUGCAAAAAGGAAAACGGUCCAUGCUAGAAAUAUCCUCGCGCAUCGUAAUCACCUCUUUCAUUUUAAUAUUUACAACAUCCAUAAUAUUCACGUAAUUUUCUAGCCAUUAAGCCCAAACCCAUUAUCACUUUACAUAAUCGAAAUUAAAUUACAUUGACCUACUUUGUUGAUAUAAUCGUCUGUAUAUAUGGUACUUAAGAGUUGAUUCGAUUCAUUUUUUUUUUUAAUUAGGUACUUCGUAUUUGAUUUGUGCAUUAGUACAUAUGUGUAGAUGCAACAUGAUUUUUACUGCCAACAUAAGAUUUUCAAAUAUCUCGAAAGUAAUUGUACUAAAAUUCUUACUUUUUUCUUAUGUAAUAUUUGUUUUAUUCUACUGUUUUCAUUUUAUUUUAUAAUAGGAGAUUUAUUUAUUUUUUUGCACUUAGAAAUUCUUCCAUUGUCAG